AUGUACCAUAUCAUUAGAUGUAGUAGUAUUGACGAGAUCCUUUACCCGUGGCUGAUCUUCUUGCUACCACCGACCUUCGCAUUACAGCGAUCAUCGCCCAUAGUGGGAUAUACCGGACGAUACCUCAGCAGACCUACUCUACUGGCGAGCCCGAAAGAAAGAAUGAAUAUCUAUUUUGAGGCAGUCAGGGUUAUCAAUCUCUAUUCUCGAGGUAGACCCCCUCAACCAGCUCGAUGGGGAAAAAUUUUAUCUGAUCUACCUAAUGUCGAAAGUAUAUCCCGAGGAGAUAACACCCUGUAUCGCUCUACCGAAAGUGGAACAGCCAAUUACGAAUGCGAGUAUAAGGAUACCAUCGUACUUGGUGAGCCUCAUCCGAGACUACGUUAUCCCAAUUUUCAUACCCAAGGAGUGGAUUCUUCGACCGAUCCUCCAUGUUAG